AUGAGCUCGGUUUUGCAGGGUUUUACGAAGUCACUCGCCAUGACGUUUGUCUCGGAGAUUGGCGACAAGACGUUCUUCGCUGCUGCUAUUUUGGCGAUGCGUUAUCCUCGGAGACUUGUGUUGGCUGGUUGUGUAUCGGCCCUGAUUGUUAUGACUAUCCUCUCUGCUACCGUUGGAUGGGCUGCUCCAAAUCUGAUCUCUCGGAAAUGGACCCAUCACAUAACAACAUUCUUGUUCUUUGGUUUCGGGCUAUGGUCUCUGUGGGACGGUUUUAAACAAGGAGGAGGGGGCUCGGAAGAAUUGGCUGAAGUCGAAGCAGAACUGGAUUCUGAUUUGAAGGCGAAUGGUAAAACUACAAAAAAUGACAGUAAGAAUGAAGAUGAAACCAAAAAGCAGAAAAGGCCAUUCCUCACUCAAUUCUUCUCUCCAAUUUUUCUCAAGGCAUUUUCUAUUAACUUCUUUGGUGAAUUUGGUGACAAGAGUCAGCUUGCUACAAUUGGUUUGGCCGCUGAUGAAAACCCCCUCGGGGUGGUCCUUGGUGGAAUUGUAGCACAGCUAUUGUGCACCACUGCUGCUGUGAUUGGAGGAAAGAGCUUAGCGUCUCAGAUAUCUGAACGAAUAGUUGCUCUCUCCGGUGGGAUGCUUUUCAUUAUCUUUGGCAUCCAAUCGUUUCUUACUUCUGUUUAG